CGCGUAUAUCGAGCAUAUCUUAAGCCGAGGCGGUAGUCCGAGCAGCGGUACUUUCACUUGUUCUUGCGAAUUUAUUUAAGAUAGGGUUGGCGGUGGGUUGCCUUCUUAGUGUCAUAUUUCGAGUGUCAUUCGGUGGAACCGAACGAGUACCUUAAGUACUCGCUGGUGUGCUAACUAAGGAUUACCUACCGUCUAUUGGUCGAUCUAGUUCUUCGAGUUCGGUUUCUUCGGGAAGACCCUUUUCGUAUUAUUGGGGUUUGAAUAUGUCAACCCUAAAAACCGCGGUGGUACUUCUCCACCUGGUUUUCCAGUUAUCAAAUGGGCAACGUACAGCAUAUCAAAAUCUAUUCUUAAAUAGCAUAAACCCAUCUGCCUAUGAUAAUACUAUCUAUGGAGGAAGUAUUGUAGAAGACGCAUAUGGUGCGGCACCUCAACAAGGUUUGCAGUACAAUAGACCUACAGCACCUGGGCAGGGAUUCAUUUCUCAGGGGCCUCAAGUACCGACAGGAUUUGGAAAUGCAUAUUUUCCUACUGGAGGAUCAAACAUAUUUGGUCCCCAACAACAGUUUCCCGGUCUACCUCAACCACAAACCACACCAAACCCGGCCACGCUUGGCUGCGGACUUACCCCACCGUUUUGUGCCAAAUCUCGGUACAGAUCUUAUGAUGGCUCAUGCAAUAACUUACAAAACCCUGGAUUGGGAACACCACAAACUAGAUACAAUAGAUUGUUACCAGCCAAAUAUGGAGAUGGUGUCAGUACUCCAACUCUAGCUAAAAGUGGUAAUGCACUACCAAGUGCCAGAUUAGUUUCAAUCAAUAUUUAUCCAGAUGUACCAGUAGAAGAUCCAAUUUGGAACUUAAACGCUAUGCAGUAUGGUCAAAUUAUCACUCACGACAUGAGUAUGAUAGUUGGAAGCACCCAAACCCAACCUCACUCGACUAGAUGCUGCUCUGCUGAUGGACAGUUAUUAGAAUUAGCAAACAGUCCCGACCAUUGCUUUCCAAUUGUCAUACCUUUCAACGAUCCUGCUUAUUCUCAACAAAAUUUGAGAUGCAUGAACUUCGUAAGAACUAUUACUGACAGGGAUCGAAAUUGUGUUGGUGGUAGUCAACCAGCUGAGCAGUUAACUGCUGUAAACCACUUCUUGGAUUUGUCUAUCGUAUAUGGUAACAGCGAUCAAGUAAAUCAACAGGUACGUUUGUUCCAAGGAGGUAGACUCAGAACUGAACAAAGAAACAACCAAGAAUGGCUACCCAGAAGUAUGAACGUCUCUGGAGAUUGUACCGUUCUGAAUCCUAAUGAACCUUGCUAUUUUGCUGGUGAUACUAGGGUAAAUCAAAAUCCUCAACUUACCAUUCUCCAGACAAUUCUUCUCAGAGAGCACAAUAGAAUAGCUGAUAAUCUUGCGAAAAUCAAUCCACACUGGAGUGACGAAACUAUUUUCCAAGAAGCUAGGAAAAUUAACUGGGCCCAACAUCAACACAUCACUUAUUACGAAUGGUUGCCUAUCUUUAUUGGUCUAGAAAAUUCUAUAAAGAAUAAAAUUAUCUGGAGAAACAAGGGAUACGUAGAUGAUUACAAUCCAGGAGUGAAUCCAUCAAUUUUGAAUGAACAUGCUAACGCUGCAUUCAGAUUCUUCCAUACUUUGAUUGCUGGGCAGUUAGAUCUGGUAUCAGAAAAGAGGAACAGUUACGGUAACAUCAGAUUGAGUGACUGGUUUAAUCGACCAGCCAUUAUCGAACAAGGCAAUAACUUUGCCGAACUCACCAGAGGUUUGGCAACACAACCAGAGCUUGCCGCUGAUGCUUAUCAUGAUAGUGAGAUCACUUUGAACUGGUUAAGACAACCUGGACAGCAACUUGGCCAAGACUUGAAAGCCAUCUGCAUUCAGAGAAACAGAGAUCACGGUUUGGCUUCUUACAACGAUUACAGACAUUUUUGCGGACUCCCUCGAGCUUACUCCUUCCAAGAUUUUCUUGAUGUUAUUUCUCCAGAGAAUGUUAACCGAUUGGCCAGUUUAUUCGAACAUCCAGAUGACGUAGACUUAACAGUGGGAGGUUCACUGGAAACUAUCGUCCCAGGAACAUUGGCUGGACCCACUUUCUUAUGUAUUCUAACAGAACAAUUCUAUAGAACCAGAGUGGGUGACAGAUUCUGGUUUGAAAAUAGUGGAGAAGGAGGAUUUACACUUCCACAAUUGUACGAGAUUAAGAAAUCCAGUAUAGCCAGGCUUCUGUGCGAUAAUGGAUACAAUGUUAGAGCUAUGCAGCCCAGAGGUUUUGAAAGGAUAUCUCACACAAAUGCUGUCGUACCCUGUGAAUCUUUACCAGUUGUAGAUCUGUCAUUAUGGAAGGACAUUCAAGGUCCAGCGCCGACAGGAUCAGGAGAUUUCUUCUAUAAAAAAUAAAGCAGUCUUUGUAUUAAGUUAAUUUAAUGAUAUUACCGAUGAUGUAUUUGUUUAUUUAAGUUUGACAUAGAUACCAAAACUGCCAACCGAAGUAGAGAAAUUAAUUAAUAGAGAAUACCUCAUGAUAUUUUUGUAUAAAGAUUGUUUUUCUAAUGUACGAAAAUAUUUUUCUUAAUUUUCGUGCCAAUGUUUAUAAAUUGAUUAACUCAUAAUAUUAAUAUUAAUUCUAUUAUUUAUAACUAUAUUUUAAGAAACUUUUCUUAAGUUUAAUGAUAAUUAUUGCGAACUUUUGUAUAUAGUCAGAUGUAAAUAAUAACGCUUAGGUUUUAAUAAAUAAAUAAAUUUAAGAAUAGAUGAACUUUAAAU